CGAAUCAGCUCCCAUAAUUCAACAGGCAACAAAGGAAGAAAGGAAAGAGGCCGUGAGCUACCAAGUGUUAGCCAGCCCGGGCAGACCUCUCUGUGUGUCAUUCUAGUCGACCAUGUAAACCCCGCUACGUUUUUGAGACGCGCCGAAUGUCCGGCCAGACCAAGCGGUUCACACUUUAGUUCGGGAGCUGACCAGAGGGAAGGUAGCGGUGAUGUUCUCGGCGGUCAGCGCUAACAGAGCUAGCUAGCUAGCUAGCUAGCUAGCUAGCUCACGGGCUCAGCUAGCGAGCUAACGUUAGCCAACCAAUCGUCAAGUAGCGAACCCUUUUUAAUGAACGCGCCGCACAAGACAGGCGCCAACGCACCCGGGCUUGUUUUGCUGCGUAAAGCGAGCAGCAUCAAACGAAAGGUGGUGGAAGUGGAACUUGACCCAUUCAACUGAGUCACCAUUUCCCUGCACAUAAUGGGUUCCGUGGUUCCACUGUAUGCAUGACUUGUUUCGUGUGGCCUGAUGGGAGGACACUGUGGAUAGUACUUUCAUCGGGAUACCAGCGGAGCCAUCCCAUGCCGCCGCGUUGGAGGGCCUGUCAGAAUGAAGAAGAUAAGCCUUAAGACCAUCUGCAAGUCCCUCAGCAUAAAGGGCAAAGAGGAGGGUGACUUUGCCAUGCUCCAGCAGCCCUCUGUGACUCCAGAGUUUUCCAAGGAAGAGUCACUAUUUGGGGGCUGCUACACCAAAGACCUCUCCAGCUGUGACCUUGGUGGAGAAGAGGACAAGGGGGGUCCGAAUAAGGGCCGUUCAAAGAGUGAGAGCCUGAUGGGAUCACUGAAGAGGCGGCUGUCCGCCAAGCAGAAGGCAAAAGUGAAAGGUGGCUCUUCUGCCAUAGGCUCAGUGGAUGAUGAUGACACCUUCUCAUCCUCUUCUGUGCCCAUCAGCUUCAACGAGGUGAAAGCACAGAGACCCCUUAGAUCCGCAUCCCUGCGGAGUCACCAUUAUAGCCCCUCACCGUGGCCUCUGCGAUCAGUCAACUCUGAUGAUUCGUGCAUUAAGAUGGAAGUAAAAGUCAAAGCCAUGGUUCACUCACCUAGCCCCAGUCCCAGCUUAAAUGGCGUCCGGAAAGAAUUUCAUGAUUUCCAGAUGGAAGGGCUCUUUCAGGAUCAAGCGGAAUCCUUCAAGAAUCUGCAGCAGCCACAAAAUGGUGAGCUGCAUUUAGAUAUUGAUGAAAAUGAUGUGCCUGUGGUAAUGGGGUUGACGCCCCAGGACUACAUCCAGUACACAAUGCCUUUAGAUGAGGGAAUGUACCCGGAAGGGUCCCACUCUUGCUGCCUGGACGGCUCCUCUCCUAUGGAGGUGGUGACUGAAGCCGACAACCGGUCCCUCCACAUGGACCAGGGACGAGAGGAUCAUGAACUGGUUAGUGGGAUGCCUCCGGACCUGUUCAUGGAAACCUCAGUUAAUAGUCUUCUCAUUGGUUCUGCUGGUGUGAUGCUCCAAAGCUCUAGAGUAGAAGUCCCGCCUCCCCUCUCUCCACUCCUGCCACCCAUGACAAGUAAUGGACAUAUCCCCAGGACUUUUUCGGGGUUCAGCUCUUCAGACAGCCAGGUAGCCGAGAGGGUAAGGCAUCACCUCAACUUUGACCCAAAUACAGCUCCCGGGGUCAGUAGGGUCUACGACUCAGUCCAGAGCAGCGGACCCAUGGUUGUGACGAGCCUGACAGAGGAGCUGAAGAAGCUGGCGAGGCAGGGCUGGUACUGGGGCCCCAUCACGCGCUGGGAGGCGGAGGAAAAGCUGGUCAACUUGGUCGAUGGCUCGUUCCUCGUCCGAGACAGCUCAGAUGACAGGUACCUGCUUAGCCUGAGUUUCAGGUCCCAGGGCAAAACCCUCCACACCCGCAUCGAACACUCCAACGGACGCUUCAGCUUCUAUGAGCAGCCAGACGUGGAAGGACACACGUCCAUUGUUGACUUAAUCGAACACUCUAUCAAAGACUCGGAGAAUGGAGCUUUUUGCUAUUCCAGGUCUCGCUUACCAGGGUCUGCAACCUACCCCGUCAGACUAACCAACCCAGUAUCUCGGUUUAUGCAAGUGCGCUCACUGCAGUACCUUUGUCGCUUUGUCAUUAGACAAUACACAAGAAUAGACCUGAUCCAGAAACUGCCCCUACCUAACAAGAUGAAAGAUUAUCUGCAGGAGAAGCACUACUGAGGACACACACAGGACAGUGGUAGCAAUUUGCACUUUUGUGUUCAGUUAAGAGAUUUCAAACAAGGUUUACAGAUGACCACGGUUUUGAGAUGAUUGGUCCCGGUGGCUCUUGAUUUGUGUCCAGGCGACUCUCACUGUAUCAGUCCUCCAUUCCACUGUUCUGAGGUGUUUUCGCUGGUUUUCGGAGGCUCUACUUCCAGAACCAUAGGUCAGCCCAUAAUCUUAUCGCAAAAAUAUAGCAGAGUUUUACAGCCAAGUUAUCAUAGUUGUAUACAUUACAUGUAGACAUAUAACAUGCAUUGUGAUGUAAUGUUAAGUGUAUCUAUCUGCACGAGCAGAGCAGAUUGUCAUAACUUUGCCAUCUGCGUUUAAGUUGUGAGGAAAACAUAGAAUUUAAUUCUUAAUUAGAAAAUUCUUUGGAUUUUUAUCCACUAAAUUAUACAUUUCAGAGAUGAUUUCAAGGAUGGAAUAGUAUUGCUACAGUGAAACUUUUAAAUCAAAUGUUAAGCUCUCUGCAGACUGACCAAUUUUGUUCAUCUUUUGCAUCUCGUUACAUCUCCAUCCUUGUCAGCACGACCAGACGAAAUCAAGACACCACCCUGCAUUCAUAAUAUGCAGUCAAAAGUUUUAAAAUGCACCAAGCGACACUUGCCAACCUAAAGUAGAACCUUAGAUUUGCAUUCAUCCCAUAACCAGAUUUUAUACAAAUGUACAAGCUCCAGCUCUUUUCCAGUGGAUGCCGUUUCUUCACAUUAUCUGUUCUGUCACGGCAUGUUCCAACUGCCACGUUACAAAUAUAUUUGUACUUCAGUAUGGUGAGACUGGUCUGUGCUUUUAUUUUUGAGCUGGUCAUGUUUGUUACUUUGAUCUGUUCUGCUGUACAAAAACGUACAUUUGACAGACCUGUUCAAACACUCACCACAGUACCAUAUCAAUAUCAAGUGUGUAAAAUCCCUUUUCAGCAUUACACGUGCAUCCACGACUUUAACACAUUAAUGCAAAACAUGUCCAAAGUUUUUCUGGUCAGUCGAGAGUAGCUUUAAAAUCGUAUGGCUGCAUGUACCCAUUAUAUAAUGUGCAAGCCUGAAGGUACUAAUGAUGCUGGAUUUUCAUGUUAUGCUGUUUGUAAGAAACGGCAUUGAGUUGUUGUAAAGACCUUUUCAAAAAUAUGUCGACGUUAAAAAGUGAAAUCUUUUCUGCAUUAGGAAUGUUACAAAAAGUACACUGCAGCUCAGGCCCAACAACUUCUGUCACCGUCUGUAACGCUUGUAUCUGCAUGUAACAAAGGCUUUGGGACUGUCGAUGAAGGGCACCGUAGAGGGGCGAUGUGGCGGUCAAAUGGUGGAAGAUUUUGACUGCAUUGUUAAAAGUGCAACUCUUGAGUUAAAGGCUGUUUUAAUGCUCGAUUACAUCAACCGUAGGCAGUUUAUAUGUAAAGAAACAUACCCCACGAGUGAACACAGAUCUCCAGUCAGCUGAGCUGAAUCCGUACGUAGGGGUGGCUCAUUCUUGGUCUCCUUGUGCCAGCAGUGAGCUGAACCCAGAUCAAAAGGAAUUUUUUAAAUAACGGCAUGAGUUUAGGUUAAUGGAUUUGGGAACGCGAGGAUUAAGUCCUCCUCGCCAACUUUGGAGUAAUGCCAGGAUGUUCCAUCACAGCUGCGUGGCAUCAUUAGUGUCAUAUGGGUUUCAAGGACAUUUGAAGAAAGAGAGAGGGAAAAAAAAAAGAAUAGUUUUUUUUUGCCAUUGCUUAUUCACGUCGUCCCCUGUCCACACAGAGCUACAUCACCCGACAGAUUGUCUCGCUACCAGGCUGCUUCUGUAACAGAGUAAAGGGAAGAGCACACAGUAUGCUACGCAAGUGCUUUAUAUUGAUACUUUGACAGGGAAUUGUUUUCUCACAACAUGAAUGAGCAUCCUUAUUUUUUUUUUUUUUGACAUCGGUGUCCUUAAAAGUGUUUUGAAAACGGUCCCCCUACGGACGACUUUGGUAGGUUGUUAGCACAUAGUUCUAGUUUUAGUUAGCAAGAAAUGUUUGGCGUCUGAGGAAGUCACCGUGAAUCUAGCACAGCAGAAACUCAAUAGGAACUCUCGAGCGGUGUUGCAUGUUUAAAGACUUAGCAUUUGAAAGCUACGAGUUGUAUAGGAAUGAAGGAUCUAGGAUGUGUGUUUGGUUGUGUAAAAGGAUGUUGUUUUAUUUCUGUCACAAACAUUGGCUGGACAUUGUGUGCACAAGAAAUGUGUUUUUCUUUUUAGAAUCCUUUCUAGUGAUUUUUUUUGACAUUUGCCACCUGGGGGAUGGGACUGUACGCCUGUUUGAGGUAUCCAUUUCAUCUGUCUACAAACCAGUUUCAGAACGCAUGAGAAUCAUAAAAAAAACAACUACAUUGACACAUUUUUGCACUUGAAAAUCCCUCAUGACAUGCUUGGAUCCUCUCCUGCCAAGAGUUGUCCUUCAGAUGGCAUUUAAAAAAAAAAGAGAGAGACAGAAAGAAAUGAAGUCGCACAUUUGUCCUUAUGUGUUCAUAUAAAUGUUUAGAUGAAUUCGAGAUUUUGUUUUUGUCACAUCUGUGGGAUAUAAAGGGUAAGGCACCAGCGUCAUAUCUAAGCCUCUGCUAACUCUCACGGGCUGUCAAACGAAUGGGAUCACGACAAGAAUGUGGAUGUAAAUGUAAUUUGACAAACUUCUUUUGGAUACGUGUGCGUGCGCGUGUUUCAUUUGAAAUGUGAAAGUAAAAUGUUAGUCCUUUUUUAAUACAAUGUUGUUUAAUUGUAUUUCCUUUUUUUUAAUUUGCAAUUUGUCAUCAGAGUUUGACAAGCAGGAACCAGUUUCUUAUGGCAUUUCUGCUGUGAUAUUUUUUUCUUUUAUAGAAUACUUAUGUAGUUUAUUAUAAAGCAUUAUUGCCUUCGAUGUUUGAUUCCAGAGGUUGAUGCUUGUUAAUAACAGCUGUUUAGCACUUGACAAGCUCCAACAAUUUUUUUUUGUGUGCAUGAAGGUGAUCGUUUACAACGUCGUAUGGAAAUCCCCCCCAUCCUUUUUUUUUUUCAAAAACCCUCUCAAGUGAACAUCUUGGUACAAUUUGAAAAAACUUUUAAUUUCAUUUAAAUGUGUCGUACACAUUUGUGCUGCUGAUGGAUACGAUUGCCUUUCUUGUGUUUAACAGUUGGGAAACAGAAUGUCACCGGUGUUAGACGUAUGUACACACAAUGACUCCGGUUAUCAUCUUGGGAGAGUGAAGCGGAUUUGCAAUUUGUUAACAACUGUAGUCGGUCAAAAGAGCAUUCGUAGCGGUUAGGAAAACCCUCUGUAGAAUCACCAGUUCACUCCAGUUUACAUUGGUUGUCAACUGUCAACUUUCCAAAGUAGAUGGUCUUUUUUGUAUUUUUUUUUCUUUUGGGAAAAAAAAAAAUCAACAGUGAUUUAUUGCACAUUUUUGGAUACAGUUCAAGAGUUUUUUGUAUCUGCCAAUUAUAAAUUAUAAAUAAAAAAAAACUAUAUUCUA